UAUACAUACAUUUAGAGAAAAUAACGUGAUAUUGAAUUCAAAUUUAUUAUUUUUCUAUAAUAAUAUAAAUUACUAUUAAUUGUAUUUCAGUGUCUAAAUUUAUAUAAUAACUAGAAAUAUGACGUCGGCAAUAGAAUCCAUGGUAGUAGAUGAAAAGCAAUUACCAGAAAAACCAAUAGAUAGAGAAAAAACAUGUCCACUUUUACUCCGGGUAUUUUGUAAUACAGGCAGACAUCAUAAUAUAAUGGAGUACAGUAGAGGAAAUGUUCCUUCAAAUGAAUUACAAAUAUAUACAUGGAUGGAUGCUACGUUACGAGAAAUUACAGGAUUGGUUAAAGAAGUAAAUCCAGAUGCUAGAAGUAAAGGAACAUACUUUGACUUCUCAUUAGUAACACCAGAGUUACGAAAUUCCGGAUAUCGUAUGCGAGAAAUCGGUGUUACUUGUUCUGGACAAAAGGGUGCAGAUGAUAACAAAACACUUGCUCAAGCAAGGUUUACAAUCGGUGACUAUUUAGACAUUUCAAUAACUCCACCAAAUCGACAACCAGCAAUUAGACGUGGUGCACUACGUCAGUAUUGACAUACCUAACAAAAAUUUUA